AUCUCGCACGCAGUUUGUUUAUUUUGUUGCGUGCCAAGUUGAUCGCUCGCGAUGAAAAACGAGAAAGAUUGAACCUAAACUUGAACAAAAACAAUGUUGUGCGCCAAGUUCUCGUAUUUUGCCGCCUUUAUUUGAUAUACGUGGUGGAAACUACAUCUCAUUAUAAACCACAAACUUCUUGCAAUCGCGCAGGGUAUCAUGGGUCUUUUUUCUUUUUUUUGUAGCCACAUAAUCAGAAAAAGGCACUCUAACAUUUGGUAUCAAAUUAUUUCUUUUGAUUUAUCUCCUGCGAUUGUAGAUUGUUGGCUAGACCAGGGUGAACAAGCUUCCCCAAGAGGGUAGUAAGUCCGCUUCAUCGCAGAAAAUAUGGUCGUGGUCCCAAAACGUAUUGAGAUGUUGAUCCCAAAUCUUCUUAAUGUGAUCCCACCUCCUAUACAAGUGGCUUUGCUGAUAGCAAAGGGGUUCUACUUGCGUCACCUCUGAUGUUUAGUCAAUCCCAACAAGGUGGUAUCCCUGUGUAGAAAAGCAGAGCAACUUCAAGAAGCCUGAAUUCUAAAAGCAAGAUGGCGGUCAGGAACGCUUUAAAGUUCGUAAACAGUGCCAUUCAAAAAGAUCCYGUUGUUGUGUUCUCUAAAACUACUUGUCCUUUUUCUAUCAUGGCUAAGAGAAUUCUUAAAGAGGUUGGCGUAUCUCAAAUGACUGUUUAUGAAUUAGAAACACGAAAAGAUGGAGAGGAAAUACAGGAAGCGCUUAAAGAAAUGACAGGAAUAAGAACAGUCCCAAGUGUGUUUAUCAAAGGUGAAAGUAUAGGAGGRGGAACGCAGACGGCUAAUCUUUAUGAAACUGGAAAAUUGAAACAAUUACUAGAACAACAUGGUCUUUUGGAACAAACAGAAUAAUAUUUGUAUUUAGUCAAAGGAAUUUCAUAUUGACAUUUCAUCUUUGAAAUACGUUUACACUGAUCCAAUGGUGAUUUCUGCUGUGACUUUCAUGCCGAUUGAAAAAAUUAACGUCCUCUAAAUGACAGAAUUGAAGCACAUUCUUCAGUGGCUCCCGAACAGUGGCCUGCCUUCUCUUGCAUUCUUAUGUGACAUUUUGAUGGCUUCCCUACUAACAGUGACAUUUUAGUGGUUUUCUAUCAGACACUAUAAUGGCUUCCCAUCAGACACUGUAAUGGCUUUCUUGACAUUUUUUUGGCUUUCUAUCAGCAACACUACAUCAACUCAACUUAGAAUACCCUCCUGCCCUAAAAAAAGAUGUGUACCAGUACACUGGAAACUGUUUUGUACACGAUCAAACCAUCUCACAAGCCUGUAUCUCAUCUCUGUGCUUUAUCACUUUGCUGACAAUUGUUGUAUAGAAUCAUACUGUUAGUAGAAGGAGACAGUCUCYCUCUACUAACUUACUCUGCGAACAGAGCUACUUUUCUCCCCCACUUCUCGGCGGGGAAGAAAAGUAGCUCUGUUUACAGAGUACUACUUAAUAUGACAGAAUGAUGACUUUGUAAUUUCUGAGAAAGUGAAAUGCUCCAAGACUAUUAAGAUGUCUCUAUAUUGAACUAUGCUUAUUCUGAAAAUCAUCUACAGGAGAUAUAAGUACAGUCAUCGUGCAUGUACUUCUGAGUCAGCAUUGAAUAUGACCAAAUAAAUCCAUGAAAAG